UCUAGUUCCCCAAUGUUAAUUACACAUUUAGUUCAACAAAAUCAUAGAUUUCAUCAAAGUAAUCAUACCUUAACAAAUAGAUGUCUACCGCGUGGUCAGUUGUGAUCAAUAAAACGAUGUUAAUCAGAAAUUGAAACAUCGUGUUAUCCUUGUUUGCUUGAAUUGACUAAGUUAUGCUCAAUAUUUGCCUGUUUGAAUGGAGUUGGUGUAAUGUUCAUCAACGCUUUCAAAUAGUGUUGAUUUUCUUUUGCAUAAAUGUUAUUGAAUCACGAACUGUUAGACUUCAAAUUGAUGAAGAAUUAACAGUUAACACACAGAUUGGAAAUUUAUUCAACAAUGUUCAAGGUGGAAUAAGUAACUUACGAUUUGUUAAAAUUUCAAACAUUGAUGACUCCUCAGCGUUUUUCUCUGUAGAUCAAUUUUCUGGGGAUAUAACAAUUGCUCGUAGAUUGGAUAGAGAAACUUUAUGUAUUCCAGGUGGACAGGUGAAUAAAAAUGAAAUUUAUGAAAAUUCAGCUGAAGAAUGGGCACCCAGUUUAUCUUCAACUUCCAAGUGUGAAUUAUAUUUCAGUGUAAAUUGCCUAAAUACUACACCAAUCUUAAAUUUAUCUAAUCCAAGUAGAGCUAAAACCCCAGUAAGUAAUAAGCUGGUAGCUAUUUUUGAUGUGGUCGUGGAAAUUAAGGAUAUAAACGAUAAUGGAUGUAAUUUUAUGCCGUCUAGUGAACAGACAGUUCACAUUCGCGAAGAUUCAUCCAUACACAGUACACGCAUCACUUUGAAUACUCCGUACGAUCCAGAUGAUGCUACCUUAGGAAAUACUGUUUUACCCGAACGUGUUUGGAUCCAUACUGAAUCUAGUAGAGGAACCACAUUGACUGAUCAAAACAUAAAACGUACUUUUAAACUACACAGUCUUUCAUCUUCCAAGAACACUACAACGUCGAAUGUCAACUUGGAAUUAGAGUUGAUCAAGGCAUUGGAUUUUGAACAACAGAAAAACUUUACGUUUCAGGUUGUAGCUGAUGAUGGGUUCCCAUCAGGUGACCAUCAAUGUCGCCUUAAUGUAACUAUACUUGUUGAGGAUUGUAAUGAUCACAUUCCAGUCUUUGAGCAGACAACUUAUGUUGCCAAUGUUAGUGAAGACACACCUAUUGGCCAUCCGGUUAUACAAAUUAAGGCUAAUGAUGCAGACGAAGGAGAAAAUGGGAAAGUCCUAUACGGGUUUGAUUCAAGUACAGAUAAUGUUGACGACAGUAACCUCUUUUACGUUCAUCCAGAUACCGGUGAAAUAAAGCUCCAACGUCGUCUAAAUUAUCGACAGCGACAUCAGCAUACACUGCAAGUAAUCGCUAAGAAUCCUGAUGAAACUAAGCCACGACGUAUGCAACCAUUUCAAACCCUUUCGAAAUCUUCUACUACUCAGGUUAUUAUAAAUGUUAUUGACAUAAAUGAUCAUUUCCCGCGUAUUCGUAUUCUAUCGCCUACUGGAUCAAAAAGCUUAGAAUUACUUGAAGAAUCGCCUCCUGGCCAAGAUAUUGGAAUAUUGGAUGUGUCAGAUGGAGAUACAGGAAAGAAUGCUGAAGUUAACUGUAGACUAACUAAUCAGACAGUUUCAGAUGUUUUACGCUUAGUACCUAUGAAUAAUGGAAUGGUAAACAAAGGAACAACAGUUUCAAAUCGUAAGUAUAAAAUAACUUUAGAGAAACGGAUCGACAGAGAGGAAUAUUCAGUCAUAGAGUUCACUAUUCUGUGUCAUGAUAGUGGAACACCUUCUUUAUCAAGUAAGCUUACACAACGGAUAGGGAUAAUUGAUAUAAAUGAUCACGAUCCAGUUUGUGAACAAACUAUGCAUACAGUUGAAAUCACUGAAGAUACUGAUCCGAAAAGAGGUAAUGUCAACUUUGAAAUUGUAAAAAUUCAUGCUAUAGACAAAGAUAUUGGUCAGAAUGCCAAGUUACGUUUUAGCCUAGAUCAGGAGACUCCAAUUCAUCUUUUAAAGUUGAUUACAGUUGACUCACAAUCAGGAAUUCUAAAAACCCUAGGGAAUUUAGAUCGUGAAGAGUUAGAUAAAUUUUCUAUAACUAUAGUUUGUUCAGAUCAUGGAGAACCGGAAAGAAUGACAAAAGCAUUCAUCAAUGUGAAUGUUUUAGACUAUAAUGAUAAUCCACCAGUUUUUUCUAAACCUUACUUUGAAUUUACAAUGACUGAAAAUAAUCUCCUUGGUCAAUGGAUUGGUACUAUUUAUGUAAGUGAUAAAGAUUUAGGUGAAAAUGCUGAGUUGGAAAUAAACAUAGAGGAAAAUCUUGAAACACCACAUGUACAUUUAUCUGUUUUGAAUAACAACUUAAAUCUACCUAAUGAUAUUGACCAGCUAAGAUUUAUUUCAAGUGGUUUAAUCACUUCAUCUGUUAUAAGACAAAGAAAGUAUACUGAAUACACUUCAAAGUUUAGACUGAAUACACAAAAACUAACCAAUAGGAAUAAUUCAUUAUCAGUCAAUCAACUAACAAUAAUUUAUGAAGUGAAAUUGUAUAUAGAAUCUGUAAUUGAUCGUGAAAACUUAAUAAUGAAUAAUAAUAAUUUUUUAUCUGAAGGUUCUUUCAAUUAUAAAUUAUAUGAAAAUCAUAUGAAUAAUAAUAAUAAUAAUUAUAAUAAUGGAUUAUCUUCAAUGUUAAGUAGAUCAAAUUAUUCUACAUUGAAACCGAUUAUUUUUUUAUUAAUACGUGCACAAGAUAAAGGCAUUCCAAAAUUAUCUGAACAUAUCUCAGUUCGAAUACAUAUUCUAGAUGAAAAUGAUAAUUCACCUCAUUUUAUAUUUCCUGAUUCAACAAAUUUGAAUAAAACAAGAGUAACUGUAUCUUAUAAAGAACCAGUGGAGUAUUCAUUUACACAAGUACAGGCUAUAGAUGAUGAUGCAGGUGAGAAUGGUACAGUUAGUUAUUUUAUCCAUUCUGGAAAUGAUAAAAAUUGGUUUAAAUUAAAUAAGAACAAUGGAGUAUUGAGUAUAAACAAGCCUAUUCCUUAUUCAGCAAUUGGUGAACACAUUCUUAGAAUAGAAGCAAGAGAUGGUGGAUUACCAUAUCGUUUUACAAUAACUGAAUUAAUCAUAGAAUUUGAUCAAUCCACUUCAAAAGCAUACCUCACUAUGGAUGUAUAUAAUUUUAAUGGUUUCAGUGGAUUUUUUAAUUUUGGUGGAAGUGGAAAUAUGUUAAAUUUUUAUAUCAUUAUUGGAAUUAUUAUAUCAGCAUGUAUUAUAUCAAUAAUCCUUAUAGCUUUUGUUUUCAUAUUUCUACAUAAAAAUAAAACAAAUCGUAAUUUUCAACAUUCUGAUAUUACAAUAGAAAGAAAUAUUAAUAAUCAAUGUGAAACACAAAUAUCAAAUUCACCAUUAGGUUGGCAAAAAAUUGAUCAGUUACAGAAUUAUGAAUUUAGUAAAAUCUCUAGGGGAUAUAGAGCUAUACAUCCAAUUCCUGAUUGUUUGUCACAAUUCUCAAAUAAUGGAGGCAAUUCAAGUAUGGAAUUAUUAAAUUAUCCAAAUGGUGAUGUUUACCCUUCACCUAUUCUGCCUGAUUUAAAUAUGGAAAGCAGAAAUCCACCCAAAUAUUGGUCGUAUAUUACUCACAAUAAUAAUAAUAAUAAUACUAGUAACAAUAAUAAUAUUAUUAACAGUAACAGUAAUCAUGAUAAAUACACCAUUCAUGGACUUGUUAAUAAUCAAAAUGAUUUGAUAGAGAGCGGAAAAAUUGAGAUAUAUAUUCCUUCAUCACAUAAUACAAUGAAGUUGACGACAACAGGGCAAGAAUUACCAUGUACAAAUUUCAAGUAUCCAUAUCAUAAAGAUUUCUCAAAUUAUUUUGAUGAUGGGAUACAACAGACAAUUAUUGGUCAAGGAGGCUAUGGAUCAGAUUUCAAUCAAUAACAAUACACUAUGUGUAAAAAAUGUAAACUUGAAAAGAAUAAUGAUGUAUUGAAUAAUAAUGUAUAUGAGACCGG